CGCAUUCAGCGUAUUGCGAACGAUACCUUCCUUCCGUUACCCAAGGAUGACCACGGCGCCACUCACUGCAGCUCAAUCUUCUCCCUUGACUAUUGCCAAUACGACGACAACGACAAUCAAUAGCAAGCCUCUCGUGGAUUCUCUUACCAAUACAGUUCCAGAGACAGUCCAAUUCUCUGGACGAGACGGUAAUUCCUCAAACAGUGAGACCAACAAAAGCAACAGCAACAGGACUCCCACUAAAUUUCCUGCGUUGUCCGAAGUGUCGCAUCGACGCUCGGCAUCGGUGUCUACGGCUCACUCCGUCACGUCGAAAUCCAAACAGAAUUCUACUCCACCGGUAGACAUGGCAACGGCGUCCGGAUCAGCCAGUCAAGGCUCGCACGGCGAAAACACGGGACGCUGGACCGCGGAAGAACACCGCUUGUUCUUACAGGGGUUGGAACAGCAUGGCAAGGGAUGGAAGAAAAUCGCGUCGCUCAUCAAGUCGCGAACCGUCGUACAGAUUCGGACGCACGCCCAGAAGUACUUUCAGAAAUUGGCCAAGGCUCGCCAAAAUGGGGAAGAAGGCGAUGUCGCCAUGGAAGGUCGCGGUGGCGUGGCUUCCAUUACCUCCGUCUCGACAACUGCUGUUUUACCCAAGCGACGUCGCCAGACAACCGGAACAAAACGCAAGGCCAUUCAAUCCGUCGUGGCUUCCGCCCAGCGGCAAGGCAAGAAACUUGCCGCCGCAAAGACGAAUCCUACUCGACACCAUCCCUUGCCGCCGCCCCUACCAACGGUCGCCCCCGCACUCGCGCAUUACACUCUCCCCAGUACUGCGAUGAUGGCCAAAAACGGCACCGCAGUGAAGGAAGAAUACGUCUCGCCCACCAAUCUUUCAGGACCGGCCCUAGAAGAUUCAUUAUUCCGCUUCUUAACCCCGCUUCCGGUAUCGGAACCACCGCUCAACGAAGUAGCUCGUCAAGCCGGUGCCAACCCCAUUUCUCUCCCCACCGACAACCCAAGCUCUAUUCCAACGGUGGGUGCAGGAGAAAUCUCGCCCACGGGAGUUUCGGAUUUGAUGCUUUACCCCUCGUGGACAGACUCAAAAGAGCCACCUUCUUGGUACAGCAAGGGCGCCGACAUUGACGCAUUGCUCGAUAUGGGGGAUUCGUUGGACUGGUUGGACGACACGGGGGAUUUGAACGAGUCAUAUGUACCACCCGUCGUGGACACAGCAAUGGCCGCUCCAGAACCGCACACGACCUUUCACAGGUACUCCGAUCUGGGACAUUCAAAGGGACUUCACAGUACCAGUGUGACGUCUCUGCCACAUGUCGAUUCCAACGCAAAUGUGGAAUCCGUUGUGCCGCCACUUCCCUCCAUAUUCGAUGGAGCCCCCGACUCGGGAGAGCAUCUUGAGACCACGGAAGGGAUGGUACCUUCCAACAGUACUUCUCACUUGGCGGAUGAAAUCGACGACAGUGAAGGCAUACACGAACACCUACAAGUAUUUGACAGUCCUUUGGAGGAGAACGACUUCGUAUCGGCCAUCCUCGAAGAAGACACGAUUGAUGUUACAGCAGCUCUAGCAGCGAGCUAAAGAGCGGGACGGCUCUGUUUGUACCACCACGAUGCAUACUGCCAAAAAGUUGUAUCGACGUACCCACGCGCAUGCGUAACGUGUUCACUCUUGAAAGUUCUGGGAAACCGCCAUCACGCUCCCCCCGUUUCAUCCCAUAUUAUCUCGCACCAAAUACACAAUCGAAACAAUCACCGUCAUGGAAUUUCAUUUCAUGACGGCGGCUUUUAUCUUCUUCCUUGUAAUAAAAUUGCCUUAAUUUUGUUC